CCAGUCAUGUCGACGAACUCGGACAACAAACUGUUUGAAUUCGCCCGGGAGGUGAACCAUUAUUGCGAACUGCGGCCAGACAGUGAACUCGCCAAGAUCAAGGUGGUGCCGUCCUACAUCCUCGUGGGCGACCAGUCAAGCGGCAAGACUUCGUUGCUGAGUCGACUUGCGCGUAUGCCUCUGGGCUACACGGCCAACAAAACCGGAACGCGGCGUCCCGUGGAGUACAAUUUAAUACACGAUCCCUCGAAGCGGGAGCCGGACAUCGAAGUGAACUCAAAGAAGGUGGCCGUUGAAGACUUCCUGAAAGUCAUGAUCGAAGAAAACGGCACGGAAGGGUUCAGAGACUCUGCUGUUUCUGUCAAGAUCCUGUGGAGAGACAUCCCAGAAUCUGUCAUUGUGGCAGACAUGCCAGGGAUGAAAGACGGCGACACGGCGCCAGAGAAUAUGAUCCUGAAAAGACUCCGCAAUGCGAAUGUCAUUCCGGUGGUGAUUUUGGAGCCGAAAGAUUUCGACUCGAAGCAUUUCGCUUUCGACUUGCUGAAACGUGCCGGCCGAAGUUAUAGCGACAUCAUUGCGGUUGUCAACAAGUGCGAUGAGAAGAUGGCUGAAAAGGGUCAAUGGUCAAAUCAAUCUGAUUGGACUGACUUUUGGGAAACUGCCAACAAGAAGGGCUUCAAAAAGAUUUGCAUCACUGGAUGGCCUUGCAUCAACAGCGAUCGCAACAACCCAGAUCUGGAGAAACAGAAGCGAGCACUUGGCGAAUCCUGCGAGCAGGAAAACAAUUUGAUCCAAGAGUGGAAACGUCGUGUCAAUGUAUGUGCUGAAGCCUUGGAGUGCGUUGGUUUGGAGAAGUUCCGACAGAUGCUGCACCGCGAUCAGAGCGCCCGCUUGGGUGAACUCUGCAGCCGUAGUUUGCCGCUCAUCCGUCGGGAGAAUGCAGAAAUUGCCGUGAAACUGCAAGAGCUAAGGAGCAAAUCGAAAGACUCUUUGAAGAGGUCGCUGUCCAACAUCAUGCACGAGUGGGCACAUGAGGUUGCUCAACUGUUGGAUGGCAAGGUGGAUGUCCAUGACUUCUUGGAGUCUUCUUCCACCGCAAGUGAUGAUGUUCAGUGGCUAUCUUCGCAUGGAGCGCACCGAUAUGAUCUCUUGCCCAGCUAUUCUUUGCAUCGCCCCUGCACGCAAAGUCUGUUGGAGGGCGUGAGCACGAGCUCCUUUUUCACUAUCUCUGAGGAUUCUGAUGGAGAUGGUUUGCCAGACCACGCCAGCUGGAUUACGGCGGUCUCCUCUUGCAUCUUUGGUGCGGAGGCAAAAUUGGUUGGAAAGGCAGCAUUCGAACGGAUUUUGGACGUGGUCUUCACCGCGUCUUUGUGCCGCAUUUUUCAGCAUGUUCUGAUGGAGUUUGACGCCAAGUUUAUCAACAACAUCCUGGCCGAGAACUCUCAGGACAGUGGCAACAAGGUGAUUCAGCAAUUUGUCAAGCGGGUUCUCACUCGAUCCUUGCACCCGAUGAUCGAUGUGAUGAGCCUGUUGAUUUGGAAACACGUGGAGAUUUGCUUCACACUGGCAAACAAGCCGUGGUCGAAAGAUGCUGACAACCUCAAGGAUGUCGGUUUGCGUCAUCAUUUUGAUUCAUCUGCCGAGCUCUAUGCACAUGCCCUGGUCAAGAUCUUGAAUCAGGAGCUUCAUGAAAGAUUGGAAGAGCAUGGAGAGUUGUUGCAAGCCAGAUGCCGCGGUGGAAAGAGCAACUGUUCCAUUGCAAACAACUUCUCCGGCAACACCUUUCCUGAUGCAGAGGAUCACUCCAAGUACAUUGAUUUGUCUGAAGCCGAUUUCUGUGAUGCCGCCUCCGGCUUUCUGCAGAUCGGCAUAGAUGUCCUCGAAAAGGCCAGCGACAAAUGUCGGCGAAACGUCCGCUUCUACGAGAUACUGCAACUGGCAGCAGUGCAAAUGAAGUCCAAGCAGGGCAAGACGCAUGACUUGAAUCCGAAGGAAAUAUUCCGUAGCCAAAGUCAAAUUGAUGCAAUUUCAGCCGUCGAGGUGCAGAAGAUGCGGUCGACUGUCUUGCAGAUGACUUCUGGCAAAACGAUCAACAUCGAACUGGAAGUGCAAGAUGCGUCAGGCUCCUGGCCGAAGGAACGCGACUUUGAGGAGACUCCAAACGAACUUGUGGACACACUGAUCCACAAACGGUCUGAUGAAAAGAUCCUCAACGGACUUUUGAAGCCAGAGGCACUUUGCUGUUUGGUGGCUCUGAAUGACCCAAAGGAGGGAAAGUGGUUGACCUGCAGCAAAGUGCCCAAGUCGGGGAAUCGACAAUGGUCUAUGACAGGAGGCAGAAACCAAACGCAGUGUCCUGAAGGGAGCUAUCGGGUGGAACUGACUGCGCAGGCAAAAGACCAAAUGGAUCCAGAUCUGGACAAGUUGGUUACGAUUGACAUUCUCUGCAGAAAGGUGAAGGUGACCAUCAAAUCGGUCAGCUUGCGUACUGACAGGGUUCCUGAAACCAGUGCAGACUCCGGAAGUUCCGAGAGUCAGAGUGACCGUGAGGAUUCUGGGGAGGUCAAAACUGGCGCAACUGAAGUGAUGAAGACGGCGAUGAUUUUGGUGAAACAUAUGAACAGUAAGUUCAAGCCUCUGCAGGGAUUUGCGGCCUCGGGACUGCGCAUGGACUUCAGAAAGCUGAUGGUGGAUUUGAGUUGCGAGUUGGUGGAGCAGACCGUCAGCUUCAGGGAGCUUCUCGAAAAGAGAUUGGAGAAGCUGAAGCUCACCGCAAAGAAAAAAAUUGGGCCAUGAGAUGACCACAACAGAUUCAGCUGAACAGGUGCUAAACACGAUCUGCAAAGGCAACAAGAAGCAGGUCAGAAAGCUAGAGAACUACGAAAGAAUCCUGCGGACGGCGCUGGACCUUCUCGUGACUCCGAACGAUGGUGAGUCCGACACUGACUGAACGUUGAAGAAGGGCAGUGCAUUGAGUACAAGGUUCUUUUCGGCUGCAGGUACGACAUGGG